CAGAGUUCAGUUGUGUAUUUGGCGUGAGAGGAGGAGGUUGCGCCACACAGUGCCGAGAGAGAGAGUGAGAGUCGCUGUGGACUUAGCCUGCCAACGCCAAAGGCAUAGGAGAUAACAAUGUUACCAUUUGCAAAUUAUGAGAGGGUUCCAGCACCCAUCUCGACCCCUACAGUGUUUGGAUCUAUGCUGGUCAAUGACAACUCCAAUACGCCCUAUUCGGAUGCUACACAGACUAAGAAACAUCCGCCCAACCACAUCAAGCGGCCAAUGAACGCCUUCAUGGUGUGGUCACAGAUGGAGAGGCGGGAGAUCAUCAAGUUCGCUCCUGACAUGCACAACGCGGAGAUCUCCAAGCAGCUGGGACGCCGCUGGAAGCUGCUUUCAGAGGAGCAGCGGAGGCCCUACCGUGACGAAGCUGAGCGUCUGAAGCAGCUGCACAUGCGCGAGUACCCCAACUACAAGUACCGCCCACGUAAGAAGGGACAGAAAGCCCAGCUGAAAGGCGUGACAGAGAAGAAUGGGGGAAAGAUCGGGAAGGCCAAAGACCACACCAUGACCAAGGACCGGGCCAAGAAUGUGGUGAAUAUGAUCAGCAACACACGCAUCACUCAUACUCAUGGUCUCGAUGUCGAUCACAACAAACUGGGCAUUAAGAUUACCAUCGACGAUGACUUCAAGAGGUCUCAUAGGAUGCCUCAGAAUGGUGCCAUGGCACUAACCCCACAGUCCCCCCCAGAAGUGCCCGACAGCCCUCCAUGUGAUCUCCCAGAUUCUCCCGAGAGUGCCUCAAUGUACGAAGACCAGCCAGCCUUCUCCUAUAACCCUUCUGUCACCUCCCAGUACCAUUCAACCACUUCAUCUACCAGUUCCAACUCUCUGACCACACACAAUCACACAUCCAUCCACAACACACACUCCAGUCCCAGCAUAAUAAAGCAGGAACCGGAAGAUCUUUACGAAUCCGUCUACACUCCACAGAGUCUAGCGUCGCCUGGUCUCUGCUCUCCCGUAAGUGAAUCUCCAACCACACCUCACUUUAAGACAGAGAUCAAAACAGAAAUGAAAAGUUCACAUGAGUUUUCCAAUGAACAGACGGUGGAACACGCCACUCUGGACGACUUGUACAACAUCACAGAUUUCAUUCCCAUUUCUGACAUAAAGAUGGAUUUGGAUUCCCUUGAUGCUGCUGAUAUUGACUUCGACGCCGUCAGCACAAGCUCGGGGUCCCAUUUCGACUUUUCCAGCAUGACUGAGGAAACUGAUCACCUUUUGUCAGAUUGCGGUCUCUCCCACACGUGGAUUGGUUCCAGUAGCUUUCUGCUAUAGGCAGGGAGUCUGGGAGUACUGCAACGAGUGUUGAUUUUUAUAUACAUUGAAAUAAAUAUAUAUAUAUAUUCUUUCGUGUUUACAACGAAAGACAGAAUUAUCUGUCCAACAUAGACUUACUGUACUCUAGUGAAGUCAAUAGUAUUGUACACGAGAGACAUGUUGGAUCGGGACCAAAGUCCUAGCCAAGCUUUCAAAGCGUCCAUAACGGUGCCAGUGCCUUCAACCAUUGUUUCCUAAUAAUAUUUUCAGCAGUACCACUAAAGAUUUAAGCCAGCCAGUCGCAGUUAACGCAGUCUGGCCAAUAAAAUGGUGCACAAAAAUCAUCUCGGUGAUGUCAAAUUUACUAGCCUCAGCUGCCAACCAUCUACAGUUUGCUCUAAUGUUUCUCUCGUGGAAAAGAACAACCAUUGAGUGUAAGUCAUGUUAACCGUAUUGUUAGAGAGAGGCUUUCUGUGAUUCUUUUGUCGUAUGUAAGUGUAAGUGGACGGUUUGAAGUUGUGUAGUUCUUACGAACUGAAAGGACAGAGAAAGCUUCGGGUCUCCAGAACAACAGUCUAUUUUUUGGGAGAGACAAAAGGUGUAUAUUGAUCGUAAUAGUGAAAUUGGUUGAAGAAGCUGAGAUAAACAAAGGUCCCUAAGAGACUAUACAUUUCGUGACUGCCACUGCAACAUGGACGAACGUCAAGGAAAGACCGGGCUAUGAUGCAGGUUGAUGUGUGAACGUUUUGGAAGACGAAGGAAUACCAGGAUGAGUGUACUGCAGGGGAUACCAGUCGACAACAGUGCAGAGACGAAGUCGACAGCCACAAGUUUUGAGCCACAUCUUCAGUUCUUGGUUCUUGAAUUGACGACUAUGUUCAUCUUGUUGAACUGAAUAGAUUUGAGCCGUAGACGAAGGCGUGCUGACUCCUCAGCCAUUUUGCUUCCCCAGCGGGCAUUGGAUCAAGCUCCAGUGACGUCAUUAGUGCAAUAAACCAUCUUACAAGACAUAUUUACGUUCUCCCAGAGUAAUUUGAAACAAUAGUAUGAUUACCUUUUUCUUUUUCACAUUGUUCUUUGAGGAUAAUUUUGAAGGGGUUGAUGGGGGGAAAAUUGUGAUAUGAGAAUUUGACAAGUCACUGGCGAAGAACUCGCUGGUGAUGGCCAGUUGGUAUUAUUUUCAAGUACUUACAUGAUGUCACUGGACUGACUGUGUUUACAACCCACCUGAUGUUGAUGACAUCACCUGUUGAUCAUGUCACCGGUUGCUAAUGUUACCUGAUGUUUACAACGUCGCUACUUUUUAAUGGAGUAUUGACGAGGCUAAUAGGAAAACAUGGCAGGUUUUUUUUUCUUUUUUUGUUUUUGUCUUUGGAAUUCUAGUCAGUACACCAAUAUUACUUUUCUUAGUAAUAACCAUGUCAAAUAUUUUGUCAUGUUUUAUUUUGGGGGACGUUUAAUAAUGUUUAUUUAAUGUUCGCUAUGUUUACUCUUUCAAAGUUUAUAGAAAUUUUUGAAUCGGUAGAAGGAAAUUCCUGUACAUUAUGAAUAAUUUGCAUAUAUAUUAUUAAGAAUAAAAGCAAAAAAAAUAUAGUUGCUCAAAACUUGUCAAAGUCUAUAGCUCUAAGACAGAAUUUUUUUUUUGUUUUGAAAGAACUACGAACAUCAGAAAUCUUCACAUAUGAUCUCAUUAUUUUCAGUGACAAACCUAUUAAAUUAUUUUGGAUUUCGGGAGGUUUCCUGCCUUUUAAAAUUUCCUGUCUUUUUUUUUACCGUUCUCGGUUUCGUGAAUAUUUUUAUUAAAUUUUUUUCUCCCCUGUUUUUAUUUCUGAUCUUUUCCUUCUGCCAGGAAUAAAAGCUGUUUUAUUGUUGUACAUAGUGUUAUACCAAGAUAUUCCUUGUACAGUUAUACCAAGAUAUUCCCUGUACAGUUAUACCACAAGGCAUUUCUUCAAUACAGUCUUUUUUUAUAUUUUGUAGAGGCAGUGCCCGGGGCAGUGCCAGUUGUGGCACUGUCUCCCUGGGGCUCACAAAUAAAUUUUUAUAUGUUUCAAGUGAU